CUUACCAUAACAUUCUUGCCAGUUGUUCUAAUCUCACUCAAGGCCAACUCAGACUGCAGUUCCCUUUCGUGACAGACACGUGUCAGUCACCAACGAAAUAUCUUGAUAAGCUCGUGAAGAACCCCGAAAGCAGAAGAUUCUAAACUACCUGAAAUUUUCAUCCCCGAAAAACUAAUUAGCUGAGAAAAACUUGCAGUUUUAAAGUUGGAGUAACUGAAAGAAAAUGGAGGGAGAUGGGGAAGGAGCAGCGAGAGAGCGAUCAAUUUCACCAACUAGAGCCCGACCCGGAUCCGACCCGUUCCUGGUGACCUGUAGAGUGUUCAGCUUUGUUACUGCCUUGGCUGCUAUUCUCUGCGUUGCUGUUAAUGCUUACUCUGCCGUGAGAUCAUUUAUGCAUGGUUAUGACGUAUUUGAUGGAAUUUUGCGCUGUUAUGCCGUGUUAAUUGCAAUUGUUGUGGUCGUUGCGGAGACCGAGUGGAGCUUUUUCAUAAAGUUCUGGAAGGUGUUGGAGUUUUUAGCUGGAAGGGGCAUGCUCCAGAUCUUCGUUGGUGUGAUGACCAGAGCUUAUCCUGAAGUAUAUGGGCAAAGGAAGAACCUCAUUCUUCUCCAGAACAUAGCUAGCUACUUUCUUAUUGCCUGUGGUGCAGUUAACAUUAUAUCAGGAUUGUUGUGCUUUGGAUUUAUCAAACGUGCGCGCCAGGCGAAAGAAGUCUCCAGGGAGCAAGCGAUUCAGGAUCUGCAGGAAUUGGAGCGUCGUAGAGAAGAGCUUGAAGCACUGUUGAUACAAGAGAGGGCUUGAGAACAUAGAGCUGAUAUUAUGCUACAGCAAAACCCACUGUCGAUAGUGAGGAGAAAUCUCGGAAAGGAGAGCUCAAAUCAACAAAUUUGAUGGUCGUGUGUUUUUACAUGCCUUGUAAACAUAUUUGAGAUUGAAAUUUUUUCACUAUGUAUGUAUGGCAAAAUCUGUGCAGUUUGCAUAGAUCACUUUCCUAAUGGCAGUAAUUGUCUGUUGUGAACUAGGUGGUUGUCUAUUCCUUCAUUCCUUGUUAGUUCUAGACAGUUAAUUAAAUCUAAGAAGCAGCACCUGCUCGUAUUGUUUUUGUGUUAGAGCAGGAUGAAUUAUUUAACUUAUUAUUCAGGAGCCUUUUACAAAACCCUUUUUUAAUGGCGUU